AGUGCCGGACCAGAAGCGCAUUGCUCCCCCACGGAUUUCUCUCUCCCUUCACUCGGCUCUCCCCUCUACCCAGUACACCACACGACUGUAGCUAGCCGUCUCUCCCCUCGGCCACGAGUAGAGAGAGAAAGAGAGAGAGUGAGGGUAGUAGUCGCUCAGAGCUCGGCGUACAAACAUGUCGACUCCUUGGCCUUAAAACUCCCCUCGCUUUUGACUCGCUGGUCGCGACACUUUGCCAAAAUAAUAGACGCAGAAAAAAGAGGGAACCUCUUAGAGAUAUAUUCAAACAUGUUUAACUUCUCAUAGAUUAUAGAAUUAAGAGGUGAUAGUUGAUUACUCAUUUUUUCUAGAAUAAAAUGCCACUUUUUUAGUUGCAUGUGAAACAGAAACAAACAUAUUUUUGAGUGAACAGCACUGGAAAUUAUUUUGAGUUCUUUUUCUUUUAAUGAUAUACGAUUGUAUUUUAAAAUGAAAGCCAAGGGAGUAUGCAUAUGAGAUGAUAAACCCAGUAUUCUGAAGGGUAGAGAGACACAGAGAGAGAGAGAGGAAGAGCAGAGGAGACAGGCCUCAUGGCAGGUGGAAAACUAAACUUCAUAGCCGACAGGAAAUGGGUUCGGACGAGUAAAUUUACUUCUCAGGCCACGUUUUGUGUUGCACGAAGAGUCUUGCAGAUCAGACUGGCAGCUCAAGAUUGAUCGGUCUGCAAACACACAAUUCCCAAGACUUUUAUGCAUCAGAAAGAAAAUAUCUAUAUAUAUUUUAAGGAAUAUAUAUAUCCAAGUCCUCGAUUCCAUUUUCCAUUUUGAAAGCGAUUUAGAAAUCCAAAUAUCUUAAAGUGAUUUUGAAACUUAACAAGAAGCUGAUGCGAAGGUAGAUAGAAUUCUCGAGAAUAUUCUGCAUUGGUUUUGAAACUGAAUUGGAAGGUCGCAAGUGGAGGAAGGUCUUGGGAAUAUGUUGCACUGAUUUCGAAAAUAAUAAACUCUCAAACGGAGAGACAUUUCAAGAAAAAUGCAUAAUUGAUUUUAAAGAUAAAUAAGAAAAAAAGUCUGUUGUUAUCUGAAUACUGCACAACCCAGUGUAGAGUGCUAUGUUGAGCUAUGUCAGCCACGGAAGAAAACUGAGGAGAGCCUAGGCCAUUAGAUCGAAAUAGCAGUAUUUGGAAGUUGUCGUUUAAUGUUUCACGUGUGAAGUGACGAAAGGAGUGAAGUGAAAAAUGAGCGGUUUAAACCCAACUAAAUUAUGGAGGGGAGCCAUAACUGCUUUGCUGCUUCUGCUGUUCUUCUCAGGUAAGUCUUCACCUCUGGCAGUGCACCUAUGACGUUAAUUGUCUGUUACCUAUUGGAUAGUCAUUAAGGUACGCCCAUAGGAUAUUUCAUACUUCAGCCAUCUAUCAUUGAUACAUCGCAGCAGAAGCUAAGCCGCAUGGUAUCAGCCACGCGAGGCAGCGGAGACCACGGUUUCCACAGUAUGUGGAAAAGAGCUUCAUCGGGACCGUUGCCCGAAUUCACCGAACACGUGAACAACGCCACUGUAGUUGUUGGGAGGAACGCCGCGUUCAAGUGCUCCGUCAAGAAUCUGGGGACUUACCAGAUCGCCUGGGUAACGAAGGACUCCCAGACCUUGCUAGCCAUCGGCACCACGAUGAUCAUCAGAAACUACCGACUCAAAGUCCACAGCAGUGACAACACAACUUGGUUCCUCUACAUCGAGCAAGUGAGACUGAGCGAUCGGGGCUUCUACAUGUGUCAAAUCAACACAAGGCCCAUGCAAGCUCAGUCUGGGUACCUCAAAGUCGUAGUUCCGCCCAACAUAAUAGAUGAUGAAUCCAGUACGGACGUCGAAGUGAGUGAAGAUGCGCCUGCGCAAUUGAGAUGCGCUGCCAAUGGGUUUCCUGCGCCAGACAUCCAUUUCAAACGAGAAGACGGACAUCCGAUUCGCUACGCAGCAAAUGGAAUUAACGGGGCACAGGUGUCAUCGAACACCAUCUUUCAUACCCCGAAGACAAAGAUUCGGUCCUCGGCGGAGGCGCAUGCGCUGACAGUCAACGCGCCCUUCGAUUCCACCACUCCGUCGAGCGCCUCCGAUCAUUUGGACGGGUUGGAGCAAAAGACUGCAGUUCUGUCCUUCGAAAGCGUCAAGAGGACGGACAUGGGCCAUUACUUAUGCAUCGCCAACAACUCCGUUCCUCCGUCAGUUUCCAAAAGGAUGGUCCUUAACGUCAGGUACUCUGCCCCUGAUGUGCACGUUAGCCUUCAGAUGAUCGGGGUGUUCCUCGGGGACGACGUAGCCAUUAAUUGCUCUGUAACUGCAUACCCGAGACCUGUCGUGCUAUGGCAGGACAGCAACGGCAAAAUGAUCAUAUCCGGUGGUCGAUACGAGGUGCGGGAGAGCCAGGUCAGAGAGAGUCCACCGGAACUGCAUACGACUCUGAUCAUCCGAAGCGUGACAUCAGAGGACAUCAGCACUUACAGGUGCAAUGCUUCCAUCGACAACGAUAAGAACCGGGAAAAGAGUUUAUCCGUUCAGCUCAAUGAAAUUUCUCGACCAUCUACAGAGUCUUCCGCACCGUUCGACGUUCCCUAUAAAGGGCUUCGACCUCCCAAGAACAUGCAGAAGUCCCUCUCAAAGCAGAGUAGCAUCAACGAUAUUCCCGAACGCUUCGAGAAGCCCACCAGUUUCCUGCCAGGCAACAAACCAGACGUGUUUAUUAACCCGAGUCGUGGGGGCCACGCUAGCUACGACGACCAUGCCAACCGCUCAACUUCUAACCAGUCACAACAGCCUCACAGAAUGAUCUUCACUCUCAUUGGCUGUUGGGUGCUUCCUUUGAUUUUGACGCAUCGGACAUGAUUGAUGUACGAUAAGUUUCUCUUAUUUGAGCGUAGAAUAACAGUCAUGUAUUACAUAUACCAAGUAAAAUACAUAUGUAAUAUCUUCGGGUGAUGAUAUGAUCCUUUAAGCUUCACAUUGUUAUUCAAAAUAAAAGUUUAAGAUGUGAAAGAAAACUAAAAAGAUGUAAAUAAAGAUUUUAUCAUAGGUAUAUAUGGCGUGCAUGUGGUGACUUCUUGAGACGAAAAAAUAGAACUUAUAUAAAUAUAUAUAUAUAUAACUGGUUUUACAGUGAUGCGUGAUAAUGAUGAUGGUGGUAAUUACUAAAAACAAGAAAUAUUCAGUGUAACUGGAAUUGAAAACGGAAAGUAAUACCGUUAUAGACUGUAGCCAAAAUGAGUCAAUAUCUUUUUUAUUUCAUAAUUUGAACAAGUCGGUAGAAGUAGCAAGAAUCUUAUUUAAAAAGUGACUGAAUUUCAUAAUAUUUAUAUGGUGUUACAAAAGUUUUAAAAGUUCUUAUGAUGUUAACAUCAUAAUGAUGUUGCUACUGCAAGUACCUCGCGUAUGAAUCAAUUGAUAUUAGGGAAAAUCAUCGUCCUUUGUAACAUUUUGAAGACCACGACUCACGGUAAGACAUUAAGUGUAUAAAGACUGUUUAGGCAUAAAAGAUAAAGUCAGUAUUUUUAGCAGGUUU